AUGCUCUUUCCAGAGAGUUUCCAGAAAUUAUUUGUUACUCUCAGCACAACGAAAAGCGGAUCUAGGGCCACUGUCCUUCAGGUUCCAGUGAAGAUAUUUACUUUGAGACAUUCUCCCAUCCAAUCAUCUAUCGUCGCUCCAUCUGAAGCAUCUCGAAAAGUAUUGCUUCUACUUCAUGGGUACCCACAGAACCACACGCUGUACUACGAAACUGUUCAGGAACUUUCAAAAGCAGGGAUGCUCGAAAGUUGGGAUGUAGUGAUCCCUGACCUCCCUGGGUAUGGACGUUCCACCAAAAUUCCCUCAGGAGAUGGUUCCCACUAUGAAAAUUCCAAACGCGCCAUUGCAGCGGAUUGUGUGGCGCUUAUCGACAAGAUGUACGGCGCCGGUCAGCGAUUCAUUGUCGCUGGACACGAUAGGGGGGCAAGAGUUGCCUAUCGUAUGGCCAAAGACUUUCGAGACCGUAUUCUCGGUAUAUGCCUGAUGGAAAUCAUUCCGACAAAGCUGAUGUUUGAAAGAAUGAAUUCUUCGAAUGAUCAUCAAUUGACAUUAAACACUUACCACUGGAUAUUCCUCGCCCAACCCCCGAACCUCCCCGAAACGCUCAUCGGAGCUUCGUCCGAUUACUACUUUAGCCAUACUAUCGAGUCAUGGACUGGUCCUCGUUACCGGGGACAUCUAGACCCUAUUGCUGUCGCUAGCUGGGUUGAGCAGUACCGCAAUCCAGCGGUACUAACAGGCUCCCUCGAAGACUACCGAGCUGGCGCAUCUAUUGAUUUAGAACACGACAAAAUUGAUGAAACAUCAGGAAACGCGGUAGUGGAUUGUCCUUUACUCAUUCUCCACACAACAAAGUUCUUGAAGCAGCAUAAGGAUGUGGCAGAGAUCUGGGAAUCUCUAGGGUCAAAGGGUGUUACCGUGAAGCAGGUAGGAGAUGAUCAGGUAGGACACUUUCUGCCGAUUGAGGCAGCUGCAGAAGCUAUCCCAGAGUUAAUUUCUUGGAUGCAUGAGAUUGUGUCGUGA